GUCCUUCAGAAUUGUCAAAAUAGCUAAGUCUUUGUCCGGAGCUGUGGGAACCCCAGGGGGAUUGGCAGCCAGACCACAAUAGUGUGGCUGGUCGGGACUCUUUGGCAAUCAUCUUUGUGAAUACGCUGCCCACGGGAUCCUGGAUUUGGGUGGAAGUCUAUCUUGAUUUUUUUGUGGCACUGGGAAUGUUAAUUUUCGCCUUUUGGAACUUCAGAAACAUAGUGUAAAGAGAGUCCAACCUCUUCCUCUGUCCUUCCUAGGACUUGCUUUCUGGAUAUUCCAGGACUUGACUUCCUGACACAUCUGGGGGCCCAAAGCACUCCAUUAUGAGUUUAUUCUCCUUUACCAGCCCAGCUGUGAAGAAGCUUCUGGGUUGGAAACAGGGGCAUGAAGAAGAAAAAUGGGCAGAGAAGGCUGUGGAUGCUCUGGUCAAAAAACUGAAGAAAAAGAAGGGUGCAAUGGAGGAAUUAGAAAAAGCUCUGAGCUGUCCAGGGCAGCCCAGCAACUGUGUCACCAUUCCCCGAUCACUGGAUGGCAGGCUGCAGGUCUUCCACCGCAAAGUGAUGCCGCAUGUCAUUUAUUGUCGCGUGUGGCGCUGGCCAGACCUUCAGAGCCACCAUGAACUGAAACCGCUGGAAUGCUGUGAGUUUCCCUUCGACUCCAAUCAGCAGGAGGUCUGCAUCAAUCCAUACCACUACAAACGGGUAGAAAGCCCCGUUCUUCCACCUGUGUUGGUUCCAAGACACAGUGAAUAUGACCCUCAGCACAGCCUGUUAGCUCAGUUCCGUAACUUGGGACAAAAUGAGCCUCGCAUACCAUUCAAUGUCACCUUCCCAAACUCUUUCCAACAACCCAAGAGCCACCCUUUCUCUCAUUCGCCCAAUAGCAGCUAUCCAAACUUCCCAGGAAGCAGCGGGAGCAGCACCUAUCCACACUCUUCUACCAGCUCAGAUCCAGGAUGUUCUUUUCGGAUGCCAGCGGAUGUUCCUCCUCCUGCUUACCUUCCUCCCCAAGACCCCAUGGUCCAAGGUGGCUCUCAGCCAGUGGAUACAAACAUGAUGGCUCCUCCCAUGCCUCCAGAAAUAACCAGUGGAGAUAUGCAGGCAGUGGCUUAUGAGGAGCCAAAACACUGGUGCUCUAUUGUCUACUAUGAGCUCAACAAGCGUGUAGGCGAAACCUUCCGUGCCUCCUUCACAAGUGUGUUGGUGGAUGGUUUCACUGAUCCUUCCGACAACACGAACCGGUUCUGCCUUGGGUUCCUCUCCAAUGUUAACCGGAAUUCUACUAUUGAAAGGACCAGACAACACAUUGGCAAAGGUGUUCAUCUGUAUUAUGUGGGAGGGGAAGUCUACGCGGAGUGCCUGAGUGACAAUAGCAUUUUUGUUCAGAGCCGCAACUGCAACUAUCACCAUGGCUUUCAUCCCACCGCCGUGUGCAAGAUUCCCAGUGGCCACAGCCUCAAGAUUUUUAGCAACUUGGAGUUUGCCCAGAUGUUGUCCCAGUCAGUCAACCUCGGCUUUGAGAAGGUCUAUGAGCUCACAAAAAUGUGCAUAAUCCGGAUGAGCUUUGUGAAGGGCUGGGGAGCAGAAUACCACCGCCAGGAUAUAACCAGCACUCCCUGCUGGAUCGAGAUCCAUAUGCACGGUCCUCUGCAGUGGUUGGAUAAAGUUCUUACUCAGAUGGGCUCACCUCAUGAUCCCAUUUCUUCUGUGUCAUAA